AUGUCGUUGGAACGGAUGCUGAACAAGCAUACCAAGGCCUGGGUUAUCGCCCGCGAGCUUCAUUUGUACGCCACCAGGACCGCCCCGAGUCUAGUGCCUGAGGUCACCAGGGUUUUCGAUUUCCCUCCGCAUGUCUUUAUAACACCCUCUCUGGAGAGAGCCCUUGCACGGGAAUUGGCGACUGAUGGAUACGUGCCUCCCGAUUUCGACGAUCUUAGGCGCCGGGUGCCGCAGCUUGACAAGUGGGAGUGGCUGGAAGACUAUGGCGACAAACUCCUGGCCGAGUGUAUCCGUAUACAGCCUGUUGCCCUGGAGAAAUGGGCGUCAUAUCGAAGCGAGGCGGCAUUGCAGCAAUCCUUAUCUGGGCACACCAUAGUCGGCAAAUCAGUCAGGCUGAGCAGAACCCGACGGUCAGUGUGGCGUCUCAAAUUGUACCCGCGGCCUGUGGUACGUGAGCGGGACAGCUUUGAUGAAUUGCCCAGCGUCUGCCUGAAUCCGAGAAGAGCGCAGCCAUCACGAUGA